AAUUAAUUAAUAUGCUAUUUUAUAAAAAUAUUUAAAUUUUAAGUAAGAUUUUGUUAGAUUUUUUCUCAACAGAUUUUGUUAUAAUUAAAAAAUAAAAUUCAAAUUUAUAGUUGGUUUAUUAUUAAUGUAAAUAAUCAAAUAUGUCAUAUUAACUAUUUCUUUAGGUGGUCCUAUUAUGACUUGCUAAUGGUAGAUAAAAAUAGAACCAUAAAUUAAUAGAUUAGAUAGAUUAAUACAAAAAUGUUAUUACAUACACACAUAUAGAUAUAUAUAUCUAUAUGUUUUGAUUGUUUAUACAUCUUUUCUCUCUAUUUUUGCUUACUUUUUCUUUCUUUUUACUAUAUUUUUGCGUAUUUUUUCUUUCUUUUUACUAUAUGUUUGCUUAUUUUUAAUUAGUUUUUCCUUGUUUUUUUUAUUUUUUAAUUAUAAACUUAUUGUAUGUAUUAUUUUAGUUGUUAGUAAAUGCUCACGGUUGUUGCGUAUUUGUUGGGUCGGGAAGAGCCACACCACAGUGGUGGUUAUGGAAACUGAACUUGGGAGCUUGAUUGAUCCCAAAGAACGAAUUGCAUGGAACAGUUCAGUAGAACCUUCCCCUCCAACAGUAAACUUCGACGAAUACCAAAACUAUGGAUCUGGUUAAGAUGUGAGAAACCGGAUUAUUUGGGUUGGGUAUAACCCAUUGAUGUCGGAGGAGGACGCUCGAAGGUUUAGCAUUAACAUAUUCAUUACAAACUAGGAUGGUUAAAGGAGUUUUGUGUCCCUUAUAACAGUUCUUUGUAACCAGUUUAAUUCAUAUGUAGUCAAUUUUUAGUGAUAAUUACAAGUUUACUGGCAUAAAAGAGCGGCUGUAUUUUAACACCUAAUGUCAUUGUUUCUAGAGAUGGAAGUGGAGACUUGAAGACAAUUUUAGAAGCUGUGGCGUCAGUGCCAAACAACAAAUUUGAUUCAACAUAUUCGUUAAAGAAGUUGUUUAUUACGAGAAUGUUCUAGUACCAAAGAGAAAAAACAACGUGCUGAUCUAUGGAUAGGUUAUAACAACGACAACAAUUAUAUCUAACAAUCUAGGCAGGUUGGAGUAUCCUAAAUCCACGACAGCUGCCACAGCAACAUUCUGUAAGGUACUUUUGUUUCCAUUUUAGACAUUCAAUCACUAUUUUAUGUUUUGUGGUUUGUGUUUUGGUGAAGAUGUUCUUACUAACAACUUCAUUGCUUGAGAUAACAAAUUUGUUAACACCGCCGGACCAGAGAAGUUCCAAGCUGUUGCAUUCCACUCUAAAUCCAAUCACUCUACCUUGUUUAGAUGUGCAUUUUAUGGCUACCAAGAUACCCUCUACGUCCACGUAGGGGAGCAGCUUUACAAAGGAUAUGACAUCAUAGGCACAAUGGACUUUAUCUUCGGCAAUGCUGCAGCUGUGUUCCAGAUGUGCACCACUGUUAUAGCCGGUGGCGGAUCCAUAAUUUUUUAAAACCAGUGUCAUAAAUUAAGUUAAUUAUUUAAUUCAAAUAUUUAUUUAAAAUAAAUAAAAAUAAAUUAUUAUUAAAACAGUGACUAUAUAAAAUAUUAGAUUUUUUUUCUUAUUUAGAAACCCAAAUAAAAACAAUGACAAUAACUAAAUGUUCAAAUUUGGGAUUAGAAAGGCAAAUGUUCAAAAUUUGGGUUUAGAAACUCAAAUAAAAACAAUUAUAAAAAAUAAAUUAAACUAUGUCCAGUAAAAACAUAUGGAUCCAAAAUAUAUAUAUCUAUAUAUAUAUAUAUAUAUUGGGCCUUUGGCCCGUAACCAAUAUAAUAGGUGCAAAAUGACACUUCGAAUUGGGUCUGGGGUUUUUUUUGAAGUGUCAAAACAGAUAUUUCUAUCAACUGAGCUACAUUUCUUCGUUGUAUACAACCUAUAAAUAAAAUUUAAAAUAUUAUGGAUCUGCCUCUGGUUACAGCUGAGAGUGCAGAGGACCAGAAGGAUAAGUUUGGUUUCUCCAUCUUAACGAGCAAGCUUUUGGCGUAUACAGGAGAAGAGUUUACUAUGGUUGUGUAUUUAGGUCGGUCUUGGAAGAGCCACCCCACAUGGUGGUUAUGGAAACCGAACUUGGAAAAUUGAUUGAUCCCAAAAGGUGGAUUGCAUGGAACAACUCAGCAGAUUCUCCCCCUCCAACGGUGAACUUCAACGAAUACCAAAACUAUGAACUUCAGCUUAGGCUUUUGCAUGAUUGAGCUGAGCUUCAUCGUUGAACAAGUUGGAGGAAACGAAUCAGAUGGAAACCACACAAUACUCUAUCCGUUUCAAAAUAAGUGUCAUCUUAACAAAAAAAUUCUGUUUAUUUUUCUAUUAGUUAAAAUAUGGUUAGAUGUAUAAUAAUGAUGUUUUUAUUUUAAAAUUGUAUAAAAUUAAAUAUUUUAAAAAAUAUAUGUGAAUAAACAUAAAACAACAAAUUACAAUGAAAUAUAUGGAGUACUAGAUAUCCAACCGGCCGAGGUAAAACAUAAGCCAUUUAACUAAAAAUAAAAAAAAUUGUUUCUUAUUACAUACAAAUAUUAACACUUAAUACAACUUGACAAAGACAUGCAGACUAGCUAUAUCUAUACAAGUAUCAAUUUCAAUUUUGGAAUUGAUCACAUAACUAAAUCCCAUUUUGUAAGUUCCAAAGCACUCACAACCUUUCAUGAAUAUGUUUUUAUUUUGUUUUUCAAAAAAUUUCCUACCAUGGAGGCGAUUGGUUGGACUGUAAUUAUAGAAAUUUUACUGUAAAAUUUAGUGUGUAGAACUUUUUUUUUUUACGGAGCUGUAUUUAAUGUAGCUGUAGAAAUUAACACAUACAAAUAAAAUUUAGUCUUCAACUACUAAGGCUUCAACUAAAACAUAAGCCAUUUAACUAAAAAUAAAAACAAUUUGUUUCUUAAUGCAUACAAAUAUUAACACUUAAUACAACUUGACAAAGACAUGCAAACUAUAUACAAGUAUCAAUUUCAAUUUUGGAAUUGAUCGCAUAAUUAAAUCCCAUUUUGUAAGUUCCAAAACAGUCACGACAUUUCGUGAAUAUCUUUUUAUUAGUUUCUUACCAUAAAAUUUAUUUCAUACAUCCGUAAAUAACAUCAAAUUCAGGUGAUAAAUAUUUGACAAAGUAUUAUAUAUCUCCCAAACUACGUUGUAUCAUGUAUUAUUUUGUUUAUAUGUGUACCAAACUAUUAAAAUUUGGAUUAAGGUUCAGAAAAUGUAGAAAGGAUGUUUCAUCAUAAUCUAAUUAACUAGAUUUACAAGAAAGUGCUUACAUAUGAGCAAAUUACUAAUCUUUAUUGUUGGAAUUUACAUGUUAAUGGAUUUUUCUCAAAGUAUUUUUAAAUAUUAUAUCUUAUUAAAAAAAAUUCUUCUUGUUACAGAUUUUGUUUUAUAAAGAUUAAGGUUUCCCAAUUUGUUUUGCUAGUACAUUAUUGGUCAGAUCCUUGUUUAAUAUAGAUCGGCUACGUGAAGGUGUAUGGUGAAACUGUGAAACGCGGAUCAUCAUUGAUCGCUUCCCCUACCACAGAAAAAAAAAAGAAUAUAUCAGUCAAUAAGCUCCAAAAUUCGGAUUAAAAAAAAAUAAUAAAAAUUCAAAAAACCUGAAUUCAAGGAGGGAAAAUCCCUCUCGAGUAGAAGACGAAGAAUCUUCUGGCGAUUCGAAAAGUGAGAGGGUAAGCUAAAGGUUGAAACUUUCCUUCUCUAACCAGCCUUUGAAGAUGAAUCUUUACAAGCCACCUGAUAACAAGCUUAUGCGACUCAUCUGAUUUUUUAUAACGUAUUGGAGAGUGACUCAAGGAGUUGGAGAUUAGAGUUUGCAUCUCUUAGGUGAUGAGUUUUGGAUUCUAGACUUCCAUGAGAGUCAUAGCAUGAAGGUUGGGAGGUUUUUAGAUGGAUAAAGGCGAUUGUAAUAAAGGGGAUUGUAAUAAAGGGGAUUGUAGUAGGACACUCUGUGAGAUUGUGGGUCUGCUAAAAUCAUGGCUCCCUUGGCGGUCCGAGCCAGCUACUGUCUCCAGAGAUUUCUGGAUGCCUGAUCAGAGCUGUCGUGUGUGUUAUGAGUGUGAUUGUCAGUUCACCCUUAUCAACCGUAGGCAUCAUUGCCGUCUUUGUGGGAGAGUCUUCUGUGGGAAAUGUACUGCGAACUCAAUACCUUUGGCUACCAGCGACUUGAGAGCUCCCCGUGAAGAGUGGGAGAGGAUCCGUGUUUGUAAUUAUUGUUUCAGCCAAUGGGAGCUAGGUGAUGGUGGAACGCAUCUUUCGAAUAUUCCGGGGAUUAGUAGUUCGUCUUCUGAGACAAGUCUUCUUAGCUCAAAGACUAUUACAACUGCUAAUAGUAGUACUCUUGGCUCGAUGCCAGGAUUGGUUGGUCCUUAUCAGAGGGUUAAACGUGGUUCUGAUGUCAGUUUGCACGGAGUGGCUUCUAAAGAGCAAGGCAAAGAGACUUCAAGGAGUAAUAGUUUCAUAGCCACAGAUGUGGAAGAUCCAUCUCGCUUUGGUUUAAACAGGAGUGAUGAUGAGUACGAUGAGUAUUGUGCAUACCAGACUGAUACUGAGACGAGUCAUUCUCCUCAAGCUAAUAAAUACUAUGGCCCAAUGGAAUAUGAGGAGAUGAGCCACUGUAAGCAUCUGAGUUUCGAAACCACCGCUGACCAGAAAAGCGUAAGCAGGUCUCCACUCAUUCAUGAGAGUCUUGAAUCUGUAAUUGGGGAAGGAUCAGAGCAGUUCCAGAAAAAAAAUGAGAGUGAUGGCCGUGACGAAAGUGAAGCACCUUCUCCGCCAGAUAUUUCGGAUGAUCAUGUAGUAGAGCCGGUGGAUUUCGAGAACAAUGGACUUUUGUGGGUUCCACCUGAUCCAGAAAACGAAGAAGAUGAGAGAGAAAGCUCUUUGUUUGACGAGGAAGAAGAUAAUGAGGGAGAUGCCUCAGGUGCGUGGGGAUAUUUACGGCCUUCCACUAGCUUUGGAAGUGGAGAGUUCCGUAGCGAGGAUCGAACGAGUGAAGAGCACAAGAAGACUAUGAAGAAUGUGGUUGAUGGGCAUUUUAGAGCUUUGCUUGCACAGCUGUUGCAAGUGGAUAACCUCCCUGUGAGCGAUGAAGAGGGCAAAGAGGGCUGGUUAGAGAUUAUCACCUCUCUUUCUUGGGAGGCGGCUAACUUACUGAAGCCUGAUAUGAGCAAAAGUGGAGGGAUGGAUCCUGGUGGCUAUGUCAAAGUAAAGUGCUUAGCUUCUGGGUUUCGACAUGAUAGCAUGGUGGUUAAGGGAGUUGUUUGCAAGAAAAAUGUAGCUCAUAGGAGAAUGAAAGCGAAGAUUGAGAAAGCUAGACUAUUGAUUAUAGGCGGUGCCCUUGAGUAUCAAAGGGUCUCAAACCAGUUCUCAAGUUUUGAUACUUUGCUGCAACAGGAAAAGGAGCAUCUAAAGAUGGCUGUUGCAAAGAUUCACGCUGAACGUCCAAAUAUUCUACUAGUGGAAAAAUCAGUUUCUCGAUUUGCGCAAGAGUAUCUUCUAGCCAAAGACAUAUCUCUUGUUCUAAACAUUAAGAGGCCACUUUUAGACCGCAUUGCUCGCUGCACCGGUGCUCAGAUAAUUCCUUCAGUAGAUCACCUCUCCUCUCAAAAGCUGGGUUACUGUGAAAAUUUUCGGGUGGAUAGGUUUCUUGAAGAACAUGGUCAAGUUGGAAAGAAAGCAGUAAAGACGUUGAUGUAUUUUGAGGGUUGUCCAAGGCCAUUAGGCUUUACAAUUUUGCUUAGGGGUGCUAAUGAGGAAGAGUUGAAAAAAGUGAAGCAUGUGGUCCGAUAUGGAGUUUUUGCAGCUUAUCAUUUGGCACUCGAGACAUCGUUUCUUGCUGACGAAGGAGCCUCACCAGAACUCCCCUUGAACUCCCCGAUUACGGUAGCUCUUCCAGAUAAAUCUACAAGCAUUGAAAGAUCCAUAUCUACUGUGCCAGGUUUCACGGUCUCUUCCAUACAUGAUAAAUCUCCAACAAUGAUAUCUGGUUUCGAACCACAACGAGCAAACAGUGUCCCAGCAUCAGAGUUGCUUUCGACCACUGCCAAUCUGUCCUUCCAGAAGGAUAUAAAUCCUAUGAUCUCCAAUGUUUCAGGCUGGCAGGCUAGAGAAACAAAUCCGGGUUUCGUAUUUUCACGCUGUAAUGUUUCAUUGACUUUGCCUGACCGUGUGAUUGAGGGAAGAAACCCAAAUAUGUCUGAAAGAGAUGCACUGGCAGACACACCAGCAGACAAAAGCAACCCAUCUAUUGAGGCAGCAGACAUAUUGUCUGAAGGCUUUGUGCGAAAGACUUAUCAAAGUAGUACGAGCGUUAUAGUAGAGCCCCAGGACAAUGGUUCAGACCUUACAACCAUCCAACAACAAAACAGUGAGGAUUCAAAGGAACCACAAUCUCAAAAAGAGGAAUUUCCUCCAUCACCCUCUGAUCAUCAGAGCAUUUUGGUUUCUUUAUCGUCCCGAUCAGUGUGGAAAGGAACUGUGUGUGAGAGGUCUCAUCUCUUCCGGAUAAAAUACUAUGGUAGUUUCGAUAAACCAUUGGGACGGUUCUUGAGAGAUCAUUUGUUCGAUCAGGGUUACAGGUGUCGUUCAUGUGAGAUGCCAUCAGAAGCUCACGUUCACUGUUACACUCAUCGACAAGGCAGCCUUACUAUAUCUGUGAAGAAGCUCCAAGAUUAUCUCUUACCUGGUGAAAAGGAGGGGAAGAUCUGGAUGUGGCAUAGAUGUCUGAGAUGUCCCCGACCUAAUGGCUUUCCUCCAGCGACUCUACGAGUGGUGAUGUCUGAUGCAGCCUGGGGAUUGUCGUUUGGGAAAUUUCUGGAGCUCAGUUUCUCAAACCACGCAGCUGCCAGUAGAGUAGCAUGUUGUGGCCAUUCUCUCCAUAGAGACUGCCUUCGCUUCUAUGGAUUUGGGAACAUGGUAGCUUGCUUCCGAUACGCUACUAUAGAUGUUCAUUCGGUCUACCUUCCACCAUCAGUUCUAAGUUUCAACUAUGAUAAUCAGGACUGGAUACAGAGAGAGAUAGAUAAGGUGGCAGAGAGAGCAGAGCUUCUGUUUUCUGAAGUACUAAAUGCUAUUAGUCAAAUUGCAGUGAAAGGUUCUAGGCGUCGAAUUGGUCAACUCGAAGAACUGCUGCAAAGAGAGAAAGCAGAAUUUGAGGAAAAUAUGCAAAGGAUGUUGCAGGGGGAGGUGAAGGAAGGCCAGCCUCUUGUGGACAUUCUUGAACUAUACCGGCUUCGCAGACAGCUGAUAUUUCAGUCUUAUAUGUGGGAUCACCGCUUGAUUAAUGCCUCAAAUUUACAGAAGCUUGAGAGUAGUGAUGACACAAAGCGAGAAGAAAAUGAGAAACCACCCUUGGCUAAGAGCCAGACGCUCCCUGAGAUGAAUGCUGGGACAAACACUCUUCUUGCUGGCUCAGAGGAUAAUCCGAAUCCUGAUAGUGGUUCUACUGGUGACACUGGCUCGUUAAAUAAGGUUCAGAAGGAAGCUGACGGAAAUUUAGAUUUGAUUCAGGAAAAGGAAGAUGAGGGAGAAGUUUCUCCCAGCAAUACCUUACCUGAUACUUCUGAUCCUGUGGAAAAUAAACUCGAUGUUCGCAGGACACAGUCUGAUGGCCAUUUAGUGAUGAAAAAUCUUUCAGCCACUCUUGAUGCAGCAUGGAUAGGCGAACGUCAAACAUCAGAGGAUAUUCCAGCAAAUAAUAAGAUCUUGCUUCCUCCUUCCUCCAUGUCAAUCUCAGAGGGGUUAAAGCCAAUAGAUCUCCCAGAACAUCAAAAGGAAUCCAAGGUAGCCUAUCCAGUUUCACCUGCUUUGCCAAGUAAAAAUUAUGAGAACUCAGAAGAUUCUGUAAGCUGGUUAGGUAUGCCAUUCCUCAGUUUCUACCGCUCCAUCAACAAGAAUUUUCUGCUUAGCUCUCAGAAGCUCGAUACAUUUGGCGAGCACAGCCCUGUCUAUAUUUCAUCUUUUAGAGAGGCAGAGCUUCAAGGUGGACCAAGGCUACUUCUGCCUGUGGGUAUAAAUGAUGUUGUUGUUCCGGUGUAUGAUGAUGAGCCCACAAGUAUGAUCGCAUAUGCCUUGAUGACACCCGAAUAUCAACGCCAAAUUUCUGUUGAAGGGGAAUCUCUAGUUUCAUUUCCUUCUGAACUGAAUAUCCCUCGCCCAGUUGAUGACACCAUCUUUGACCCUAGCAGAAGCAAUAGUUCAGUGGAUGAGAGUAUACUUUCAAUGUCCUCGUCUCUGCGUCUUGACCCACUUUCAUACACAAAAGCUUUCAAUGCUCGAGUCUCAUAUGGAGAAGACGGCACUCUUGGGAAAGUGAAGUACACGGUUACUUGUUACUAUGCUAAACGGUUUGAGGCGUUGCGAGGUAUAUGUCUCCCUUCGGAACUUGAGUUCAUAAGGUCUCUUAGCCGGUGUAAAAAAUGGGGAGCUCAAGGUGGAAAGAGCAAUGUCUUCUUUGCUAAAACCCUGGACGAUCGUUUCAUCAUCAAGCAAGUCACCAAGACAGAACUGGAAUCGUUCAUCAAAUUUGCACCUGCUUACUUCAAAUACUUAUCUGAGUCUAUCAGCACGAAAAGCCCAACUUGCCUUGCAAAAAUCUUGGGAAUCUAUCAGGUCGCGACCAAGCAACUUAAGAGUGGUAAAGAAACAAAGAUGGAUGUUCUGAUAAUGGAGAAUCUUCUCUUUGGAAGAACUGUGAAGCGGCUUUAUGACCUCAAAGGAUCUUCCCGGGCGCGAUACAAUCCUGACUCUAGUGGGAGCAAUAAAGUCUUGCUGGAUCAGAACUUGAUUGAAGCAAUGCCCACUUCUCCCAUUUUUGUCGGUAACAAAGCAAAACGGUUGUUGGAAAGAGCUGUCUGGAACGAUACCGCCUUUCUUGCAUUGGGUGAUGUUAUGGAUUACUCGUUGCUAGUAGGCGUGGAUGAAGAAAAAAACGAGCUAGUUCUCGGGAUCAUCGAUUUCUUAAGGCAGUACACAUGGGACAAACAUCUAGAGUCUUGGGUGAAGUUUACAGGAAUCUUAGGAGGCCCCAAGAAUGAAGCACCAACAGUAAUCUCGCCAAAGCAAUACAAGAGAAGAUUCAGAAAGGCGAUGACUACUUACUUCCUCAUGGUUCCUGACCAGUGGUCUCCCCCUGAAGUCAUUGCUGAUAACUCUAGGUCUGAUCAACCAGAAGAAACCUCUCAAACCGGCACGCAAGCAGAGUGAUAUAUUUAUGAAUCCACAAAAUGUCCAGUUUUUUUUUUGUGGUAUAGAAAUUGGUUUUGUGCAUAUGGGAACAUUAUUCUUUGGUUAUGAUUCUUCUCUUGGAUAUGGAUUUUGUUUGCAUCUUUUAGAUUAUGUGUUGUUCAGAUAGAGUUUUAGAUGAUUGUCUGAAUGAUUCAUUAGAAAGAUGUGAGAUGAUUUCAGUUAGUA